GUAGAGAGUAGAGAACAGGGAAGGACGAGCGGUUAUGUUAAUCAUGACGUCAUCCUCUACGAUUCUCACCGGAGAUAUAGAUGAAGAACACCGCACGUCGUCAAUGGCAGAGGAAGACACGCCUACGCAUUCCCAUCGACGGCGCUGGAGCACUCCUGUUGAUUCCGGCGGCGAACCUCUUCAAAGCUUAUCCGUGAGCAGAUCUCUAGAGAUAAAAUCAGACCACGAGAAUCCCGACGACGAGUGCAGGGAACAUAGAGGAGGGAAGAUAUCGCCGUGGGGACCGUAUGGACCGCCGCUGCUGACGGAGUCGAGAUCAAAGGCGCCGUCGCCGCGGAGAGGAAGAAGCGUGACGAGGAAGCGAGAUCUGCCACCAUUUUUGACGACACUGGAUUGUAACGGACGGCCGAGAUUUCAUCACAGGAGAGUGAGAAGCGAAGGACGGUUAGAGAUUGCCAGCGUGGCAGUAGAUUCACCGGAGAUCGUUAGUGUUCGUGGGAGAGAAGGACUAAGAAUCGGAACAGUGAGAAUCAGUCAACAAAACGACGUAGUAGAAGAUGAUAAUGAAGAUAAACAGAAUCACUGAUCUUCCUCUUAGAAUUUUGAUAUUUUCAGCUAAUUUUCCGGGGGGAAAAAACGACAUUGUAGUCCGAUGAUCCGUUAGAAACAAGAUAAGAAAAGGGAAUUAUG